AUGGGAGUCCUGAUUAAUGCCACUCUUUCCCCUUUACCGUUUUACUUGACGGGCAUCCCGGGGCUAGAAGCACAGCAUGGCUGGCUCUCUAUCCCCUUCUUUGCCAUGUAUGUGGUGGCGAUCGUGGGCAACACUUUGAUUCUGGCAGUGGUGCAAGCAGAGUCCUCUCUACACGAACCCAUGUACCUUUUCUUAUCCAUGCUGGCCAUCACCGAAGUAGGUGUUUCUGUCUCCACAUUGCCCACUGUAAUGGGCAUCCUCUGGUUUGAUGCUCGUGAGAUAAGCAUGGGAGGCUGCCUGGCUCAAAUGUUCUUUAUUCAUACUUUCUCCUGCAUGGAAUCUGGCGUCCUACUAGCCAUGAGUUAUGAUCGCUACGUUGCCAUCUACAACCCACUGCGUUAUACAACCAUUCUGACUCUGCCUCGAAUUGUCGCCAUGGGAUUGGCCAUCACAUUGAAGAGUGUGACAUUCAUGGCCCCACUGCCGUUCCUCCUGCAACGCCUGCCCUUCUGCCACGCCAAUGUCCUCUCCCAUUCCUACUGCCUCCACUCAGACCUGAUCCAGUUACCGUGUGCCGACACCACCAUCAACAGCAUCCUGGGCUUGUCCAUUGUCCUGGCCUCCUUUGGGCUAGACUCAUUGCUCAUAGUGUUCUCAUAUGCCUUAAUCCUUCGGACGGUACUGGGCAUUGCCUCCAAGGAGGGGCGACUAAAGGCUCUCAAUACCUGUGCCUCACACAUCUGUGCUGUACUGCUAUACUACGUGCCUAUGAUAGGAGUUUCUGUGAUGCAUCGGGCUGCCAAGCAUGCAUCACCCAUUGCCCACACCCUCAUGUCCAGUGCUUACCUAUUUGUGCCCCCUGUGCUGAACCCUAUCAUCUAUAGUGUCAAGACCAAACCCAUUCGCAAGGGAAUACUUUCCCUCUUCUCCAGGAAGAGGGUCCUGCCCUAA